UUGUUUUUUCUUAUGUACUUAAGAUACACAUACUCUGCUAAAGAACGUUUUAGUUAUCACAAACUUAGUGCMUUGAGUUAAAAAGACACAGUCUCCAAAAUUUGGAAGGUUUAAGGAUGGAACUCAGACUUUACUUGUCAUAGAAAUAUGGAAAACCAAAACAGAGAGCAAACAGAAAAGUCUAUGAUUGAGAAGAUCAUUUAUAAAGCAAGUUUGGAUAAUUUGUUGUCUUUAGAUCUCAGUGGSAUGAAUUUGACAGCAAUUCCUUCAAAUUUACUUAGCUUACAACAACUUGAACAUCUUUAUUUUGAAGGAAAUUUAAUCCAACAUUUACCUMAGGAAUUCUUCAUUAAACUUGGCAAUCUUUUAUGGCUUGAUUUGAGAAAUAAUAAGCUGGAAGACAUUCCUGUGUGUAUAGGGCAGCACAAGAAACUACGCACACUUCUGCUUGGUGGGAAUAAUAUCCACCAUCUUCCUGCCGAACUUGGGCAAAUUCAAAGCCUAAGUGGACUUAAUCUGUUUGGUAAUCCCCUGAUUGAUCCMCCUUUAGAUGUGGUUCACAAGGGAGUGUUUCAAAUAAAGGCUUAUCUUCUAAAGAAGCUUGGGGUUGAAGGAGUAGAACUGUCCACAAGUAGUUCAGAUUCUGACACAGAAAGCUUAAUUGAGGAGAAAAUGGACACUAACAAGGUCGAGAAAAAAGGCAAAGAAUGCAAGAAAAGUGCACGGCAGAAAGAAAUAAAUGUUCAUACAUCCUACACUAGGUCAAAYACCGGCAGUUUUAACUCUGUACAGCUUUCUAACGAUGACUCCACGUUACGCAGCAUAAUUCCAGAUCAUGGACCAAGCUGGUUCAUUCACAGACCUUGGACAACUGGGGUGUAUUUCACAGGAUCUUGCHUAAAAAGCAAAGCAUAUCAUUCUGYUUGAGAAAAUUAAAUGAAUGUGAUUCAACAGUCACUGCAAGACUCAUAUUUCUUCUUUUUUUUUUUCUUGCAUAGAACUGAUAAAAUUUUAGGAACAUUUGGAGUUUGCAGUUUUGGUUGAUUUUUUUUAUACGGUUUUGUAGACAAUUACAUUUAAAUUGAAUGCAGACUUUCUUUGGUUUCAUCCAAAAUGCAAGUCUGCAGUCAGGGAUGUGUUUUUACUUUGGUUUCAUUCAAGUCUGCGGUCAGGGAUUUUACAGGUGGUGUAAUCCAAUUAUCUACGGGUAUUUCAGUUUCCAGGUUUUUUCCUAGUUUUUGGUAAUUUUGUGUAAAAUCUUGAAACUGUCAAUGUGAUUUGUARUCUURGUCAAUUUUUGACAUAAUAAGUGUGGUUUUUGCCUAAUUUUUGAAUGUUUUCAGUACACUUCAAGGUCCCCCUCUUGAUAAGUUUCACUAGCCAUAUGGUUUUGCYGAAAUGGUUUACAGAAAAUGACAAAUAUAUGUUACGAAAAAAGUUACUUCCAAACUUGUUAAUAGUCAAUAUGGCUUUUAAAUGAGCCAAAAUAAAAAAGAWUUGGUGCCAAAGAAUCACUAGAAUUUGACUGGUUGACUAUCCCCAAGUUUGAGCCUGCAUUAGGAAGAGAAACURGAGGAUUUUUAAUUUGCUGUCAAAGAUGAUUUAUAAUUGUAAUUUAACAUAACAUUUAAUUUUUGGUGCUGUGGUUAUCUUAAAAGUAGAUAAUGAUCUGCUAUAAUUUUAGUUUGUGGAAAUGUAUUUAUCAGGUUUUAUAGCUUACACUGCUCACAAGUGCCCAGAACUAUGUUUGAACACUGUUAUGGCAUUUGAGAGCAUGCAUGGUGUUUUAAUUUAUGCCCAUCAAACUGCUUUAUACUUUACUUUAAUCCUAAUAUUUUAUUUUACUCACAUACACUGUAAUUUCCUUGUAUUUUAUUUGAUCAUUUUCAUGUUACAAAAUACUCUAUUUAUUAUAAAUUAAUAAAGUAUUAUUAUUAUUAUUAACCUCAUUUUCCUCUGUUCUUGUAUUAUUUGUGCACCCCUCCCAGUGACGGGCAUGCCAAACAGGGCUUAAUUAAAAUAAUGGCUGAUCAUUGGCCGGUCAUGAUCGCAGGCAAAAUUAGUUUUAGUUUAGUUAUACCUUAUUUCUACAGUAGCUAAACGUUACUGGUCAAAAAUGACCAGCAAGGCAAAGAUUUGACUGGACAAGUUCCAGUUUUUGCCAGACAUUGCCUGAUGUCUGGUUGUUAUUUUAAGCCCCAAAACUAACCCCAAACUAACCCCAAACUAACUCCAGAGUGGACUACACGCGGAUAGAUGGACUACACUAGUUCUAGUGUAGCCUGUUAAAGAGUAAAUGCCAAUACAUGUGCAUUACCGUGACAAACAUCUGGGCUGUACUGUAACCCCAAACUAACAUUUUAUUUUGUAGAAUACCAUAGAAUUCAGGURUUUCAAAAAUGGUAUCAAAGCAUUUGUAUUGCAUUUAAGAUGUUUUGUUGGCCUAUAACUGCAAAACCUUUAAGAGCGAUCAAACCCCGAAACAACCUCUAGCUAAUAAUACAAGUUAGAACACACCUAACUCAAGGUUUUGAAAGGGAGAAAAUCUGGGGAACCCAGAUAAAACCCUCUAACCAAAGGAGAAACUUACAAAUUGCGCGGUCCAGGGGUUGAACUUCAAAAACCCCAGAUGCGAGAGGCAAGAGYACUCCAACCAACAUAUUGAAUUGAAUCUAACAAUUGCUUUUUCUUUUAUUGC